GGGGCAUUUUGAGGGGGGGAGGUACUAUGGCUAUGAUCACCUAGGGACAUGGGAGGGGCACCUAAGGACAGGGGUAGGGUAGGGUGGAUAAUGGACACCUAGGCUCAGCCAGAGGCCUGUCAAUGCCUCCUACCUCCCAGACCAAAACAGGCCCAGAAACUGGGGCAAGACUCCUUGGACCCUCCCGAACACUUCCAGGGUGGGCUGAGGGGCACUGAGCCUGCUGCUGGUCCCCUGAGAUUGCCAGCACCCUCUUCCAGUGAGGACCCAGCUGGGGGCAGACACCGUGAGGUGAGCUGAGGUGAUCCAGGCCCCCUUGUGCCAGCCCCACCUCCUCUCCCCCAGAAUCUGGCCUCCAAACUGGGCAUGAGGUGAUGAUUCUGGAAAAGUGUUGGGCAUCUGUGGGGGGAGGGACACUCCAGAAAAUGAUUCUUUACCAAUCACUAUAGAAAAUCUUUAUUAUUUUGCCAACUGGGAGAGAAUUAGCUCGUCAUUGACCCUGGUGCAGUCCCAUUCCUUGUGGGGAUAUCCAGCCCCAUCACCCACUCUCUGUUCAGACCCCCAGGCCCCUUAUGUCCACACUUCUAGGAGCCUUGAAAACCUGGAGAUUCUGUCCAGGCCCGGCUCCACUGGGAAGGACUCCAGGUGGGAGCAGCCCUGGUGCAGACCAGAGAUGGACUGUGCUACAGAAGGAGCCUGCAGAAGAGGGGUGGCAAUGGAAGUGGGGGCAAGGUCUGGGUUGGCCCACCGACCCUGACUCAGUCCCCUGUGUUCCUCAGCACCUCAUCUCUGGCCAGGAAGUAUUGGAGGCUGAGCAGGACAGCCUAUCCCUUUGCCUGUUGGGGCCGGGCCUCCGGCUGCAGGACCUAGAGCAAGGCUUGGGGCCCUGGGCAUCAGCCCAGAGCGGGAUGGUCCAGCUGCAGGCGCUACAGGCAGACCUAUGUGGAGCAGCUGAGCGUGUAGAUGCACUGCUGGCAUUCGGUGAGGGGCUGGCACAGCGGAGUGAGCCUCAGGCCCGGGCAUCCCUGGAGCAGGUCCUGAGGGCCCUCAGAGCCCACCGAGACGGCAUCUUUCGGCGACUGUGGUGGCUGCAGGCCCAGCUGGUCAGCUACAGCCUGGUAUGGCCCACCCUGGCAGUCCCCACCCAAGGUACCAAUUCCACAACCCCCGUGACUCUGUCCUCUGACCAGGUGUUCGAGGAGGCCAGUACACUGGACCAGGACUUGGAAGUUGAGGGGGACUUGGACGGGCCAGGACCUGGUGGGGCCUGGGGGCCCUGGGCACCCAGUAGCCUCCCUACUCCUGCAGAGUUGGAGUGGGACCCGGCAGGGGAUGUUGGAGGCCUCAGGCCCUUGGGGCGAAAGACAGCCUGGACACCAGGAGCUCCCUGUGAGCUAUGUGGCCACAGGGUCCCCGAGGGCAGGGGACAAGGCCUUGAGGACAUGCUCAUGUCGGGCUUCAGCCACCGGAAACACUUAGCAGGUCAGCGAAGACGCUCCCUGGUCCGGAAGCCUCAGGACAAGAAGCAGGCAUCUCCCAACCUGCAGGAUGUGAUGUUGGAGAGCCCCUCCUCCUGCAUCCAGGUGGUCCCUGACCUUCCUCAUUCUCUUCCUCUUCCUUCUCCUCGUGGGUGCCACAUUGCUCCUGCCACCGUCAGGGGGGUCCUGCUGCUCUCCUGCCCGACUGGCCAGGACACCUCAUCUGGUGCUCAGCUAUGUCAAUGGUCCCCCCCCAGUCUGAGAACAUGGCCCAGACAUAUGUAAUAAAUGGUC